AUGCGUUUCAAGAUGACUUCAAAUAGACGCCGAUGGGUCCAUGCUUUCCCGACAGAUCCCAGUGGAGCAGCUGUACAAACACAUCACACCUCUCAACAUCUUCAAGGAUUUGUUGAUGAAUGUGAAUCAGGGGAGUCAGUUCGACCAGAAAGUAUUACUAGCAUGGAAAAGAUUAAAUAUUUACCAAAACAACACUGCCAUUAUACAGAAACAAUCAACUCUCCUUCCAGUGCAGAUGCCAUGCGUAUGGGGUCAAGCUUGUCUGCCUAUCCAGAUGACCCAGUAUUGAUGGGUCGAAGUGGUUCCCCCAGCCACAGUCAAAAUUUUACAUGGAGCAUGACUGGAAGUUAUCCCUCACAUUCAAGUGACCAGUUUAAAUUCAGUAGUCGCUCUGUGCGUGAACCAUAUCGGACAUAUAUGUGGGGACCUACUGGUGAGCAAGAGUGGAGUCCAGAAAUGACCACAGGUAAAAUGUGUGAAAAAAAAAAUAUCUCACCUUUUUCUUUUCUUGUUCACAUAUUCUGA